GCUCUAGGUGAACGAUCUCAGGUUCAAAAAAGAGCAAACCAUAGUCUCGGUCCUUGUACAAAACCAUGGUGAGAUGGUGGCUUGCAACUUCCUUUGCAGUGUGCCUGGCACAUGCGGCGCAUGAGCAUCAUCGGGAGGAUGCUUUGCACGGACAUGGGGCACAUCAUGAAGGCCAUGAUGAACACGAAGCUCACAGACAUGGCCAUGGGCAUAAAGCUCACAGCCAUGGUGAAGUCCCUCCAGCGGCAUCUCCAAGUCCAGCAGGCCUGCGAAGCCUCCUGUCAUGGCUCACCGCACAGCCCUGGUGGGUGUCGGCAUAUGUGUGUGCUUUUGGCAUGAGCAUCAUCAGCUUUGCAGGCGCUGCUUUGAUGAUCCCCUUGCAAGUGCGUAGGAUUGCAGCCAUGGUGGAAUACUCUAGCUUGACCUUUGCAGCCACGGUCUUGGUGGCCGACGCCUUGGUCCACCUGCUGCCGCAUGCGCUGGAGGGAGCUGACCAUGAGACCAUGACCACCGUGGGGAUCGCAGCGACCGCUGGUUGCCUUGCGAUCAUGAGCAUCCCAGAACUGGUCGAAUGGCACCAUGGCCAUCGCCACGAGAAGAAGAGUGCAGAAGAUGCAGAAGGUCAGGAACCGCACGUGCACGCCUAUGGCAUUGCCAACCUUGUCACUGAAAUGCUCCACAACUUUGUAGAUGGCAUUGGUUUGGGAAUGGCAUGGAGAGCAGGUGCAUCCUCAGGCUGUGCCACCGCCCUGGCUGUAGCUGUGCAUGAACUACCUCAGGAGAUUGGGGAUUUCAUGGUGCUCCGCGCUGCUGGCUUUCCGGUGGGCCAACUCCUUGGUUGGAACUUUUUAGCUUCACUGACCUGCCUCGGCGGGGUCGGACUGGUCCAUGUGCUGGGCCAGACGGACUGGGCAGCCGUGGUCCAGCGCUACACGACCGCCUUCACAGCGGGAAGCUUCCUGGCGCUCGCACUGAACAUGGUGUUCCCCCAGGUCUCCCAAACGAUCCAUCAGCACCACCCCAGUGCCGUCGCGCGGUUCUGGGCCAAUCUGCUCUGUUUGGCCAUCUCGGUGGCGGCGAUUUGGACGUUGGUGUGGAUUGGGGAGUUUGAGGGUGGCCACGAACACGGCCACGGUGCUUCUCACGGACAUGCGCAUGGACAUGAACUCUGAAGCUGUCACUCUGCCUUGGUGGGAAGGCAC